GCCGACAUGGACCAGGAGUUUGAGGACAUAGAUUCAGAGGGCCGCUGGCAGAACCUUUAUUUAGAAAUACGAAACCAGUCACAUGAGUCUGCGUUCAAAGUGGCCAAGUAUACUGAGAAUCGCAACCGCAACAGAUACAGAGAUGUAAGCCCGUUUGACCACAGUCGGGUGAAGUUAGAAAACACAGAGAAUGACUACAUUAAUGCAAGCCUGGUGGUUACGGAAGAAGCACAGAGAAGAUACAUACUUACCCAGGGUCCAUUGAGAAAUACCUGUGGUCACUUUUGGCUGAUGAUCUGGGAGCAGAAGACCAAAGCAGUUAUCAUGCUCAACAGAGUUAUAGAGAAAGGCUCGGAAAAGUGUGCACAGUACUGGCCAACGCAAGAAGAAUGUGAGAUGUCGUUUCACGACACCCGCUUUGUGGUGACUCUAGUGUCCGAGGAUGUGAAGUCCUAUUACACCACCACAGUGUUGGAACUACAGAAUGCAAAUACUGGGGAGACGAGAGAGAUCUUCCACUUUCAUUAUACCACUUGGCCUGACUUUGGCGUACCAGAAUCCCCUGCCAGCUUCUUGAACUUCCUGUUUAAGGUGCGGGAGUCUGGCUCACUCGGGAUGGAUCAGGGUCCAGCUGUGGUGCACUGCAGUGCAGGCAUUGGACGAUCUGGAACAUUCUCUCUGGUUGACACUUGUCUUGUCUUGAUGGACAAAAAGAAAGACCCACUGGCAGUGGACAUUAAAAAGAUUCUGCUGGACAUGAGGAAGUAUCGGAUGGGUCUGAUUCAGACCCCUGACCAGCUGCGUUUCUCAUACAUGGCUGUGCUGGAAGGAGCCAAGUAUAUUAUGGGAGACUCCUCUGUGCAGAAACAGUGGCGAGAGCUCUCCAGAGAAGACCAGGAGCCCCUGUCUGAGUCUCCCCCACCAACACAACCUCCUAAAUGCACAGAGUGCUACAACGGCAGCAAGCUGUCUCGUCUGGAGGAUGGGAUGGACACGAAGACAGCAAAAAAAACUGGCCUGGAGACCCCAAACAAAGAACUAGACAGAGAUGCUGGAACAAAUGGUCGUAAGAGACAGAGGGAUGAGAAGUUGUCCAACCCAUCACAGAAACAGACAAAACCCAGAAUCAACGACCCAGACAAGAAGAGGAAAAGAGCGAGAACAACCAGUGACUUCUAACUCAAUGGCAACCUCAGCAAAAGAUCUCCAUCCCAUAAUGCUCCCACAUCCACCUCUGUGUUUUUAGAAACCGUUUACAGAAUGAACUCUUGGAGAAAGUUUCUCCACUCUGCACAACAGCACACACCAGCACUAUUACAGUGAAUGAAACUCAAUAAUAUCAAGAGGACCGUGCAUCACCAUAGCUUGGAUUGGUUUUAAUUUCAUUGGACCUAUUUUGUGUCUUCAGUUAUUUUUUGGUUUUUAUUUUUCUGCUCUUUGAUUUUGUUGUGGGAAGAAGCAGCAGGAUCUGAAGUAGUUUUAUGCAUUUCUAAUGCUGUUCACACAUUGUAUUUUUAGACAACUUUUUUCAGAGGCAAAAUGAAAUGCUUUAUUUUUUAUAAGAAAAUACUUGAUAUUUCCUAUCAUAUCUACAGGACUGUACACUCAUAUCCAGUUUGUGAGAUUGUAAGAUGAUGUCUUAUGCUGAUGAGUGGUCACAUUGUGUACAUAGUGUACCUUAUGAAAUGUAAAAAAAGAAAUUGAUUGUACAAAAUGAUAAACAGACAGAUCUGGUUGAGACACACAGAACAAACCAACAGUGUCUGAUGUUGAAGAGUCUUACUUUUCUAUAUCCAAGAGUUGGAUCCAUGAAUAAAACUAACAUCAUUUAGUUUCUCUAACAAUGAGAGCCUUUGUCUACUUUUCAAUCGGUCAACUAGGGCUUCACAAUUCAUUGAAAAAAUUAUCGAGAUUAAAGUUACAGCUGUCGCAAUUAUAUAAUAGUGUAAAUGUCAGUCACUGCAGUCUGCAUUCCAUUUUGGUGAAUCCCACUGAAAUGUUCUGUUUACAAAGGUAUGUUGUGGACCGUUAUGUGCAGGAAGGAAAAGGCAAAUCAGUGCAGUUUAAAUUAGUCGAAAGGCAUAUCAGUAAUGCUGACUAUUUAUUCAAUAUAUGAAUAAUAAUAAAGCAAUUCAGGAACACAUUUCUCAGCUUGUUUUGAUGCAUUUCCCACAUAAAGAAUAUGGCAUGCAGCUGCCCCAAACAAAAGUAUUUUAAUGUAAAUUCUAUAAAUUGAAGCAUCGUAAUUACAAUAUCAAAGGAAAUAAUUGGCAAUUAUGUUUUUUUUUUUCAUAAUCGUGCAGCCCUACAGUUGGCCGACAAGCGUUUACUAUUUAAAAUUGACAUGCAGUGUUGGAUAGUAACAAAUUACAUGAAAUAUGGAUUGCAUAAUCAGAUUACACAAAUCAAGUGCUUGAAAUGAGAUUACAUUUUAUGGAUGUUCACUGGAUGUUUUUGGCACCAUUCAGAGUAAAUUCUAGAGACUGUUGUCUGUGAAAAUCCCAGGAGAUCAGCAGUUACAGAAACACUCAAACCAGCCCAUCUGGCACCAACAAUCAUCCAUGUGAUUAUCUAAUCAGCCAAUGUGUAAAAUCAUGCAGGUACGGGUCAGGAGCUUCAGUCAAUGUUCACAUCAACCAUCAGAAUGGGGAAAAAAAGUGAUCUCAGCGAUUUGGACCGUCGCAUGAUUGUUGGUGCCAGACGGGCUGGUUUGAGUGUUUCUGUAACUGCUGAUCUCCUGGGAUUUUCACACACAACAGUCUCUAGAAUUUACUCUGAAUUGUGCUAAAAACAAAAAACAUCCAGUGAGCAGUUCUAAGGAUGGAAAUGUAUUGUUGAUGUGAGAGAAUGUCCAGACUGGUUUGAACUGACAAAGUCUACAGUAACUCUCUGUACAAUUGUGAUGAGAAGAAUAUCAUCUCAGAAUGCUGUUCUAAGAUGCGGGUUGGUGCUGUUUUGGAGGUACAAGGGCAGGUGGCUUUAAUGUUGUGGCUGGUAAGUGUGUGUGUAUGUGUGUGUAUAUAUAUAUAUAUAUAUAU